AUGGACGCCGCAACGAUAGAAGAGACGAAUCGAAUCCGUAUUUCAUUGGGCAUGAAGCCACUGCCCGUUCCGGGAGCAGAUAAUUCCACUCAAAAUGAAUCCAUGUACGCCGAUGGCGAUGCGCCUAGCACCCUCGAGAGUCGCCAGGCGCAGGCCUACGAAAACUACAACAAAGUGAUGGAAGCCGAAAAGGCCAAGAAGAAGCGCGAAGAGAAAGCGGCAGCAGUUCGAAAAGCGCGAGAACAGGCGCAACGCAAUGCAGUACUGGAAGGCAAGGGCUUCGGAGAGGCAGAAGAAGGUGGUGAUCUCAGCGCGAAAGACUGGCUUAUCGGCCAGAAAAAGCGACAGAAGAACAUUGCCAAAGUCAGAAAGCUAGAGGAAGAGCUCGCCGCUGCCGAGGCUGAGGCAGCAGCAGCGGUUCAGUAUACCUCCAAGGACCUUGCGGGCAUCAAAGUUGGACACGACACCUCGGGGUUCCUCGACGGUGACGAACAGAUUCUCACCCUUAAGGACACAACUAUCGACGAGAAUGAGGUUGAAGGCGACGAGCUGGAGAACUUGGAUAUGCGAGAGGCGGAGAAACUCGCCGACAGACUCGACAGCAAGAAAAAGAAGCCGGGCUACAACCCUCUAGAUGACGACGAGUCAGGCGAACGUGGUAUUCUGUCGCACUACGAUGAGGAGAUUGACGGCAAGAAGUCCAAAAAGUUUACGCUUGAUACAAGUGGCGUCAUCGCGGAGCUUUCGGAUAUCUUGGACAAACCAGUUGACAAGACAAGAAGCGGACAGAAUGUCAGUCUGGAUGAUAUCGUUGGUGAUGCCCCUAUCUCUUCAGACUACAUUGAUCCUUCACAAAUCAAAGUCAAGAAGCCCAAGAAGAAGAAGAAUAAGAAGGGCACCAGACAAAAGCCUACUGAUGACGAUGAUCUUUUUGCUGUCGAAACCACACCUGCAGAUGAUUCCAUGGAUAUCGACUCAAAGGAUGCGGCCGCGAAGAAACGAAAAGCAGUCGACGAUACUUUUGUGGACGACGAUGAUCUUCAAGCAACACUAGCAAUUCAACGAAAGAACGCCUUGAAGAAACGAAAGAGGACUCGCCCUGAAGAUAUCGCCAAGCUUCUCAAAGAAGACGAGAACGGAACAGAAACGGUAGAGCAAGAAGGAGGGCUUGUCCUCGACGAAGUUUCGGAAUUCGUUGCCGGAUUAAGCAAGCCGGGCGACGAUGAAGAGCGCAAGCCUAGAAGACCAAAGACUGUGUCAAAGUCACCAGAACCCGACGAGGACCACCCCAUGGACGAUGAUGUUCAUGCAGCUGAAGGGGAGGCCCCCCAGACUUCAGCUAUUGAGGAAACGGAGGAGACAGGUGUCGGUGAGGAAGAGAAGGCUGUCGGAGGUGGCAUGGGUGCUACUUUGUCACUGCUAAGAGAGCGCGGCCUUGUGAAGGAAGCCAAAGGUGACGAAGAGCACAACAAUCUACGCAAUCGAGAAGACUUCCUUGCCAAGAAACGCAUCUUGGAGGAGGAACUGGAUGACCAGGCCCGCCGCCAGCGUGAGCGUGAUCGCGCAAGUGGAAAGCUUGAUAGGAUGUCGCAACGCGAACGCGAAGAAUACGCCCGCCAACAGAACACCUGGCGUGAUCAGCAGCAGUCUAAGCGCUUGGCAGAGCUGUACUCAUCCGGAUACAAGCCCAACGUCGAGCUCAAGUACACCGAUGACCAUGGGCGUGCCCUCGACAGCAAGGAGGCAUUCAAGCAUCUCAGCCACCAAUUCCACGGCAAGGGAAGCGGCAAGGGCAAGACAGAGAAGCGCCUCAAGAAGAUCGAGGACGAGAGGCGACGCGAAUCACAGAGCAUGUUUGACGCAAGUCAGUCUGCCGGUAUGAGCCUGGCAGCCCAACAGCAACUCAAGAAGCGAAAGGAGGCUGGUGUACGACUCGCAUAA